AUGACACACAUGUUAAAACAACAAGUAGAACAGAGAUUUGGAACACUUGAAAAAAUACAAAUUGAUGCUGAAGCUAAAAAACUCGAUCAGAGAUUCAAAAAAUAUGGAUUCUUCGACAACAGUUCAUUUUCUGAAGGAAAAAAAACAAUAAUUAGUAGAGCUACUAUAGUAAACAUUAGAAAUUUAAAUAAUAUACAGCCGGUUAUACCAAAUCAAACUUCAAUUUUGGGCGGAGAUUCUAUUUACAAUGAAUUUAAUGAAGUGGUAAGUAGUCAGUUGAGAUCUACAAAUCCAACUUCUGCAGCUAUUGUUGAAAUUGAUAAGUACCUUCAAGAAGGAUUAAUACCAAGGCAUGAAGUCCUUUAAAAUGGUGGAAGGACAAUCAAAAUGUUUAUCUAUGUUUAUUUGAACUUAUGAAAAAACAUCAUUGUGUAGUUGCAACAUCAGUUCCAUGUGAAAAAAUAUUUUCUAAGGCAGGGCAAACAUUGAUAAAAAAAAGAAGUAGGUUAAGUAGUAAAAAUUUCGAAAAAAUGAACUUUAUAAACUUUAAUUCAAAAUAGUGUGCUUUUGAUAUGUUUAUAUGUACCUAUUAUUUAAUUAUUUAAUUUUAUUUCCUUGAUUUGAAAACAAUGAAACAUUGUAUGGACAUAUCUCCUAUAAAAUAAAUAACAAAAAUACAUUUAAAAAAAUGUAGGUACCUAAUCAAUAAAAAUAUGCAUUUACUUAUAAUAAUAUAUACUAAAUACUUAUAGGUAUCUUAAUACCUAUUGUAUAAUGUAUUAAAUAUCUUCUAUUUCUCAUGCUUCCGGUGAUAUUGUUUUGUCAAACGUGAAAAAAUAAACUUAUUCCAAACAAACACUAACGCAAAAUGUAUUAAAUUACUAAAUGACUUGUAACAAUUGCAACGUGCUUGUACUACAUAAAACUAUUAUACAUUUAUAUCAUUCAAUAUCAGUAUAUUAUCUAUUAUCUAAUAUCUAUGCAUUUUACGUUUUAAUAUCACUGCCAUCACAAGCUGCUGACACACCUACUUAAUUUAUCAUAACACCACUUGUCAUUACGCAAUAAUAGAAUUUCAUAUUGUGUAUAUUGUGGCAUAGCGGCGAAUUGUCAGACUGAUAACACACAUGAUUCGUGAAUUCUAUUGAACCAGCCGAUUCGUGAAUCAUUGUUUUGAACCAAUGGUAGCACUGAGCCACUGAACUAUACCACACUGAAUCAAUUCAUUCGGUUUACCAAAAAGAGUCAACUCCUCCGAGACAACUCACUCACGAACUACCCACCUCUACUAAACAGUAUCCAUUCUAUUAUAUCGUUUACUUGUGUUAUACGAUUAACUAAUAAUAAUAAAAUAAUCAAAAUUAUUUUUACUUAAUGUAUUGCUAUUUUAGAUUCCGAGCGUAGCGAGUUAUGCGUAUUAUUAGCGCUGUUUACAGACAUUAUGGUUCAACUUAUUUUGAGUCAAUAUGACUUGAUCGUCUAUUUUAAAAAAAAAAGUUUUGCAUUAUCGUACAAUUCCUCCGUACUUUGUUGUAGGCCAACUUUUUUUCCAAAAAUAAAUUUAAAAACUAUUAUUCUGACACGUUUGCUCUUUUCAUUGAUCAUUUCGCACAUUUUUAUUUGAUCCGUUCUAAAAACGUAUUAGAAACCAAUAACAAUGUUAUCAGUGACCUAAAGUUUGUAACACAUCGAAACUGUGUAGUUACGAAAACACAUUCCAAGUCUAGUUUAUCGAACAAUUUUUUAUACAAAUCUGUACAUUGUUGCGUGCUGUUUGAAAAUAUUUGAAUCGUUUAUGAACCAUUUAUACGUGUAUUACCCACCUAUUGGGAAGCCACUCGUAUACACCCGGGAGGCGAUUCGUAUUAAAACCAUUUACCUCUUUUACCUCGGGAGGCGACUAGUAUGCACCCGUCUUAGAGCUGUACGAUUGUCAUUGUACAUAGUCGAUUGUCAAACGUAGUAAACAAUCGAAAAUUUCAAUUAAUCAAACAUUUUCAUCGGGAAGUGCUGGAGUGCUCAAUUAUUGAAAUAGUUAAGGACCUGAAAAAUCAAUCGAUUAAAACAAUCAAUUCAAACAACAAAAUAUCCGUGAAUACAAUCGGUACAAUUUUCGAUCGGAUUUAAAACAUUGUACGCAAAAUAAUUGUGUCUUAUAGUCUUAGCUCUAAAUGUUAUCAUUAUGUUUUUAUUUUUAUUUUCAUUUGUUACUCCUUGUAAUCUAUUUUUAUUAUGUAUUCUGAAAUAACUCUAAAAUCUGUACUUUAUGGUGAGCACCUUGUGUUUAUAAACAAAACAAAUAAACAAUUAAAUUUCAGCGAAAUAUACUAUAUAUUUUAUGAUUAUAAACUUAUUUUCUUUUUAGUUCGUAUUAGAGAUUUAAUUUCAUAGUAGUUUAAACCGCGGAGUUCUUCCGGAACGCAAUCGAAGUUUAGAAAAACCUAUAGAUUCUCUGCCGUAAACACGUUAUACCUGUAAACCUUAUGUCGCGAAGGGAAUUUUUAUGAAACCGUAACAAAUAUUUAUGAAAUAUAUUUCUGUGGCCAUUUGAAAUCAGAAAUAAUCAAAUAAUAUUAGUCGCUAUUAUUAAAAUAAGUAAUGGCUACUAGCCUAUAGAAUAGGCUAGAAAUAUUAUAUAAUUUCUAAUGAUACCCAUGUAUAUAUUAGAGCCGGUAGACUCCUACGAGUAGCUUACACAACGUGCAUCUGUGUCUGCCGUUUAAAUUAUUACAUUAGUAGAAAAUGUUUGUGAGCCGUGUCAUAUAUAAUCGUUCUUAUCAAACUAUUGUUGGAGUUGUAUUGCUAAUCUCACACCUGUGUAUUGUCUAUAGGUUAUUGUCGAAUAUUAUAGCAAUGAUACCUUAUCCCAAUUUUCAGUACCUAAUUAAACUGUAAUUUAUUUUUGUGUUGUAUUCAUUGACUUAGUGUGAGCAUGAGAUUGACCGAGUAAACAACAUAUACUGUUAUAAUAAAGCUACGGGUGUUUUGUGUUUUUUUUUUUUUUUUUAUGAGUUGGUCGGACAAACAAACAUUAUACAUUCGGGACUAAGCAGUAUACUGUAUACCUACUGAAGAAUACUGUUCAAAAUUGUAGGUGGUGCACUGCAUAGAACCAUGUCAAUUUAAAUUAUUAAAUUAUUAGCUUAUAUAAUGUGUGUGAAUAUACUCAAUACUAGAAAUUUUAUAUAUUAAAUAGAAUUUAAAUCUGGAAUCAUUAAACACUUCAAAUUCCAUUAUUUGAAAGUUAUGAAUAUACUUUUGAUGAUUUUCAACCAUUAUUUGAUUUGUUAAAAAGUGGAAGAUUAGAAUUUCUAUAUCAAAUAUUAUUGUGUAAAUUUACCUAUGUGUCAAAAAAUUAUAACUACGUAAUUGUAUUUUUAAUUUUUAUAUUAAUUUGUUUAGAUGACUUAAUUGAUAUGAAAAUUUUAACAGUAAUGGAAUCUGAUCAUGUUAAUGAACUUCUAAAAAAAAUUCCCAGUAGGAAUUAAAAUAUUAUUUAAUCAUUAUUUAGAAAAUUGGCAAACUAUUCAAAUGUAUUAUCAAAGAAGUUGAACAUAGCAUUACCAAAAAAUAUAAAAUCGUUUGUUCAGGAAUAAACGGUAGUUGAUAAUAUUGAUAUUGAUAUUAAUAUUAUCUACAACUGGUACAAUGUUUAUUAAUUAUUAUAAAACAAACAAUAAAUUGAAUGAUAAUAUAAAGUCAUUGAUAUUGGACACUGUUAUUAGUUAAAUAAUAACUAAAAAAAUAAUAAUGUCGGUUAAUUUGGCUAAUUAUAUUGAUAAUCAAAUAGUUGCAAUGUUUCUAACUGAAGUAAAAGUAAAUUAUAUUCCAAUGAAAAUUUUUUGAAAUUAUUUGAAUAAGCUGCAUUACUAUGUACAUAUUGUUGCCUAUCAGAAUUGGUGCUAGGGACAAUAAGCUUGUGUUUUGCUAUUAUGGUGAUUAAUUUAUUAUAUUUUCUGUAUAUUUUUCCAAAAUUUACUAAAAUUGCCUAUACACAACUCCGGAUAUACGGGAGAUAGCAUUGAUUAAAUAUAUUAAUAUAUUCAAAUAUAUAAAUUCUUAUCUCAUGUCAUGGUGUUUGUAGUCGCACUUUUCCGAAACGGCUGGACCAAUUUUAAAGAAAUUUUUUAUAUAUAUUUGGUAGGUAUGAGAAUAGUCUCUAAAGUAUUUUCUACCCUCCUACUACCAUCCACCAUUUUUUAAUCACGAUUUUAGUACUUUUGUAUGAAGUCUCAAGUCCCACGGUAAUGAGAUAAUAGUAAUUUGAAUGACCUGUCUCUUCGGAGUGUGAUUAGGUUAAUCAUUUUUUUUUUUUUUUAAUAAACGUUUUAAAAUCAAAUUUAAACGAAAAUCAAAAAUAAAAAAUUACGGCACUUCAAAUUAUGUAUUACCGACCUGCGUUCGGAAUCGUUUAUCGUUAGCAAUGGUUUAUCGUUGCUUACAGAUAUAAAUGAAAUAACCUUAUGUAUCCUACCUUUCCAACUUUUCCCAUACAACAGUGGCCGCUCCCAUCUCCCGUAUCAGCUACUAUAAUUUUACAUAUUACUUAUUCAACUAUAUUUUAGGCCUUCAAUGCAGUAAGCAAUGGUUCUGGAAUGAGGUGUUAAAUUUGUCACGCAACAAUAUCAAAGAUUUACAGUUUUCAGUAUAAGUUUUACAUUAAAAAUUAUUUUAAAAAUAAUCAAUUUAAAAACUUUAUUUUUUAAGAUAUUGCAGUUAUGUAAAGCUGAUAAGUCCGCUAUGGAUUUACGAAAAAUAAAAAUCGAAAAAGAAUUUCGUGAAAAAAUGGGUCUAAUUGUUAAUGUUCCAAAACCUGGUCAAGUAAUGAUGAAAAUAAUAGCAGGCGUUUUUUUUCUAAUCCGAAGUUACCUUCCGAAAUCACAGGUAUACAUUUUAUAAUAAGACAAAUAUAUUUUAAUAAAAAAUAUAGUAAUACACUUUUAUAUGUGAAUAAUUUUAGGAAUUAAUGAGGAUUUAA